GCGGGAUCACCAGCACGAGCGAGAGGGUAACGAGUCUUUUCGCAGUGUGUGGAACACUGAGAACGGCCUACGGCAGGGCGACAACGUGGCGGUCGGAUUACCCCAUCAGUUUUCGAGUGCACAUCCGAACGAGUGGAGCUUGUCCGGUGCCAUGAAGAUCGGCUGGAAGGAAGUCGGGGGCCAGGGGGCUCACUUCCGCGGCCUUGGGGGAGUAGGCGAAACAAGGCAUCAUCAGCAGGCUUUGUCCAUCCUCGCGGGCGGCUUGCAGGAGGCGCACGGCCAUGCCUUCUCGACAUGGUUGGAUGGUCUGCCCGACGGCGCCGUGCUCCACAUCGAGCGGCACUACGACCCGACGCAGCUAUUUUUGUCGUUCGGUGCCAUGGCCCAGGACUUGCAGGAGUCCGCCCGCUAUUUGAUUCCAGAUCCUGACGUAGAGGGCCAGUGGAAAGCGGCAUUCCCGGGGAAAGGCAUCGUGGAGUUCAUGGCCCAGACGGUCGAGGUCGUCGCUGCUAUGCCUGAUGGUCGCACCACGGAUGCCCGCCGUCUGGUCGUGGCCCCGUCCAUCCUGAAGCGAGCCAAUGCGAGCACUGUAUUUGAGUCCGUCGAGAAGGCUGUCCCCGAGAUGACCAUCGACAAGGUGCAGGCGUUGGCGGCCAAGCACCAGAUCGUAGUGUACAGCGAGGUGCCCGACAACCACAUCGUCAACAAGAGGAAGCGGGCAGCCACGGCAGCAAUGCUACCGUCGAACGUGUUGGCGCCACCGAUGGGAUGUGCUGCCCAUCUCUUGUGGCGCGGGAUUGUAGGGGCGAUGGCAGAGGACAAGAUCGUCGGGGACAUCCACGCUGUCUGGUUCACGACCCGUCGUUUUCAGUCUCGCAGGGACCUCUCCAUCGCUGCCCAGGCCAUCGCAUCCGAGUUUAACAUUGUGCCUGGCCCGCCGCCCAACGCGGAAUGGGCGCGACACAUCGACACCAUUUUAGAGCAGACAAUAUUGCGGACCAUGUCGCAAGUGAGCGGCAGGGUAGAGCGCAUCCCGCUCCCCGCGCGCGACGAGAUGGCCGAGCUGUUGGCCGACCAGCCGGGGGGCCGCCGCAGCGACCAGGAGUACAGGCAGCGCAGGGUGGCCGCCACGUUGGUCAAGACGUUUCUGAAUGGCGACCCCCGCGCGCGGGGGCGCGGUGCUCGCGCGCACUACUGCAACGGCUGCUGCGCCAGCGAGGAGGCAGCCAAGGCGAUGGGCGAGCAACUCGCGGGGGACAUGAUCAUGGGGAUACUGCCCGAGGCGCUGAGCCGCGCGUUCCCCGCCACGGGCAGGAAGGUCAGGGCCGAGCAGGGCCUCGGCGCCGACGACUUCCGCGAGGUCAUUCGUUCGAAGCGAGUGCGAGCAGUCCAGAAAACGAACACGCCUGGUCACAUGCAGCAGACCGCAGUCCUGUCUUUCGCCUUGGCCCCCGCUGACAAUUUGUGGAUGAAGUUGCAGUAUCUCGAUGCGAACUGCCCGUCGCUCAAGGACCUGAACUCGUCUCGCACCAACCCGUUCGAGAUAUGCCUGCAGGAAAUAUCAGAGUCUUGCUUGGGGCCGUACUUGGAUGGCCCAGCCUCCGUCGUCUUCUAUACCUACAGCCGCGGCCCCGAUGACCACGCGCAGCUAUGCGCGCAGUUCCAGGGGGUAUUCGCAACGCUGGCUUGCGAGAUCCACGGCCGCUUUCACUUUGCGUUCCAAUCGUAUCCCUAUCGCCUCCUCAAGUUGGUUGACGUGCGGGUGUCGCAGGCGGAGAAGGACGCCUUGUGGGGGGAGUUCUGGAAUGCCCCAGACUGUGAUUUGGAUGAGUUCUUCUCGCUGCGCCUGCGCAAGAUGUAUCCGUCCUUGGAGGCAAUGAAGGACGACGUCGCAGUCACGAGGGCCCUCGACACGUGGGCUCGCACGACAACCUUCACGAACAUGUCGACGGAGAGGUUGCUGGCCCUGUUCAAGAGCAGCACCCCUGUGCACCACCCUACCGUGGAGAGAUUGGCGGGCACGAGCCUGCUGACGCAAGUAUUGGCGAGCCACCUCGCGGCCGGCGGCCUGGACCCUCGCCGGGCGCCGUCUCGGAAGGAGUUGUUGGAGGCACAUGUCCCGCUCCGAUGCGCCAAGAAGGCCCGUGGCAAGCCACGGGGCGCGAGGGGCGCAUUCGCAUGCGUGCACAGCAAGCCGCAUGACAAGGCACUGCCCUGGAAGGAGGUGCGCCGACAGCGAUUGCGAGCAUUCGCCGCGCUGCCGAAUGAGGAGAGGGCAAGGUUUCACAUGCAGGAGGAGGCGGCGCGCGAGCAGAAGCUUGGCGGCGCCGUGGACGAGGAGGAGCGGUACAGCCGCUCCAUCGGCAACAAGCUCCUGGGGCUGUCGUCCCGCGGUGCCCCCAUCCAGGAGCGCUAUGUCCUGGAGGCCAUGCAGCGGCUCGCCGCCCCUCCCGCUGCGACAGGCGGCGUGCGGCGCAUGUCAGAGCCAUUGCGGUCUGCGUUCCAGCGGCGGCUUGUCGUCUCGGACUGCGAUGGGAUCCCGAAGGAUUUGCAUGUCUCGUACCGGCAGUGCUGCGGGGUCGCGCAUCCUGGACUGUGCCCGACGGCGGAUCCUGCCCUCCACGCCCUCGGCAUCGAGGCGCGCGAGGCCAUCGUUGGCAUUUUCCAGCGGGUCAAAUUCAAGAGGGGGCAGUUGUUCAUGCUCACGUCCAUGCCAGCACACAUCGAGUACAUAUUCCAGCUAGGCGCCAUGUCGUUCAAUGAGCCGCGGGGCGCGACGGUGCUGAUGCUGGAGCGCUGCGCUGCUGGCGUGCGGUUGCAGGCAUGCGCUGGCAGACUCGUGAUCAAGGAGAUCAGCGAGGUCAUUGCCGCGGCUUUGCGGCGGCUUCCAGGUGACCCAGAUGGCCUGGAGUUGCGCCCGUUGCAGGUCGCCUGCCCCGAGGACGCCGCGAGCUUGAGGUACUUCGAAGUCGUCGGGGAGGGCGACCCUGGGUCAGAGGCCGCGCUCGCGGCGAACAUCUGCUCGGGUUUCCACGCGCUUUCGCGCGAGUCCGCCUGCCCGACACCCCCGCCCAAGAAGAAGCCUAAGUGCGCCGUGGAGUGCCCGAACGCGGAGCCUCAGUCCGAGAGCGACGUAGACGACGAUGAGUUAUUGACGCAUGUUUUUUCGAAGCUGAAGGCGAAGGCCACAGCAAAGAAGGCUCUGCCUCAGGCCGAGGCUGCGCCACCAUUGGCAGUGGUUCCUCCGGCCCCGCCAGUUCCUCUGCCCCCGCUGGUUCCUCCGCCCCCGCCUGCGCCCGCCGAUCCGGCGGCCGCGGCCGCAGCGCCGGGGCCCGAGGCGCCUGCGCCCCCCAAGGAAAAGCGGGCGAUCCCAUGGGGGCCCGCUCGGUAUCGCUUCAAUCUCGCGCGGGUUUUCAGCCAGGGUGUUCAGAUCGGUUGGGGCGCCACGUGCGGCCGCCAUUGCGACGGCCACGUCCCUGACCCCGCCAAUCCAGACGCGGCAGUCCCAGGCCUGCCCUGCAAGAAGCAGUUGACUUACGGUAAAGAGCGCCUGACAGAUGAGCAGUGCGUCCACCGUUUGAAGUAUUGGCUCCUCGUCGGCCUCCGCCUGCCAAUUUCCGCCACUAUGCGCAGAGACCACAUUAGCAUGGACAUCCGUCACGGUGAGCCAGGGUCCUCUAUCGAGGAGGCGCCCGCGGACCUUGCAGCUGGCCCGCCCCCGGCUCGGUUGUUCGCCCCCAGGCUGCCCAGCCAUCCGCCGCCUGAGCACCUCGUUUGCGAGGAGACCCAGCAGCGCGUGGCCAGGGCCCGCGCGGCGGUGUCGGCCCAGCAGGCCAAGGCCAAGGCCGCGGCGGCGGCGCGCGCGGCCUCGGAGCCGCGGCAGGAUUCUGGCGCAGCCCUCGAGGGGGAUGCGCGCGCGGUGGGGGCCGCGCAGGCGGCGGCCGAGCGCGCGGCCUCCGCGGCCGAGGACGCCCUCGGGUACGCGCUGCGGAGCAAUCAGAAGAUCAUCGAGGCGCUGCGAGACUCGACCAAGUCGUUCGAGGCGGCUUAUGCGAGCCGCAAGGACGACGUCCUCGAGGGCGCGGGCGAGCAGUCGAAGGGGCCCGAGUCGGAGGGCAUGUGCGGCGAGCUCGCUGGCGCCGUGGAGGACCCGCGCGUCGCGGAGACCCAGGAGGCGGCGCCGCCGGAGACCUCGGAGACCCAGGAGGCGGCGCCGCUGGAGACCUUGGAGGCGGCGAGCCCUGAGACCCAGGAGGUGGCGCCCCCGGAGACCCAGGGGGCGGUGCCCGACGACGCCGACGCACCGUACUCCCCGCCCAGUCACCGACUUCGUGGAUUAGCAGCAGGCGCGCCUGAGACACCCCUCGAGAAGUGCAUUGCAGGUUACCACUCGCGCAUGCCGGCGGCCCUCAGGCGCAAGUACUUGCAAUCGGUCCACAGUAUCUUUGAUGCCAUGAUGGCCGAGCCGUUCACGAUCGGGACGGCGUGCAGUGGCUCUGAUAUUUGCGCGGUGGUCUUCGAGUCGCUGAUGCGCUUCUACUCCAACACUUUGGGCCGCGACGCCAAUUUCCGCCACGUCUUCGCGUGCGAGAAUGAUGACAAGAAGCAGGCGUUCAUCCUCCAGCAGCACGUCUGGGAGGGCGGCGGUCUCGAGCAUUUAUUCCGUGACGUCUGUGAGUUGGGGUUGAAGAAGUCGGACGAUCUCAUAUCCAAGGUCCCCGUCCUCAUCCCCCGCGUCAAGUUGUUCUUGGCGGGAUUCGUUUGCAAGUCCAGGAGUGCCUUGAAUUCCCGCUCGAGCGGCAACAUUCAUUGCGUGCAGAGCAGCGACACCAGUACUGAAACAGCCUACACAUAUGUCAACAUCGAGGCCUACAUAAUCAAGCAGUCCCCAGAGAUGGUUAUCCUCGAGAACGUCAAGGAGCUCGCGGAGAAGGGCGGGUCGGAGCAGUCGGACGCCGAUUGCAUCUUGGGGCGCCUCCGCGGUUUCGGGUACGCGGCCGUGAUGCGCAAGUUCAACGCCGCCGACUUUGGGUCGGUCGCGACCCGCACCCGGCUCUACUUCUUGGCGUGGAAGGUUCAGGAGGCCCCCGUUUCCGAGGUUCGGAACGAGGCCAUCACGUCUCAGUGGCAGAACUUCCUGGAGUACCUCGCCAUGGGCGCUUUGCCCUCCGACACUGCCAUCGCCAUGACGGACGCCGAGUUGAACCGCCUCUGCGACGGGGCCCACAGCAGCCCUGUCCGCCUGGCCGAUGGCCCUCCCCCUGCAAAGUCCGCCAAGAAGGACCCAGACUGGCACGACGACCACAUUGAUAUUUUUCGUGGGGCGAAACCACCUCUAGAGUGGCCGCCGACCCUCAGCGCCGAGAUGCACGUGGAUAUCCAGCACAGAGGGGGGACUCACAAGUCGCGGCUCCUCACCGCGGGGCUUGGUCUUCGCCCCGCAGAGGCGCUGUUCUACUUGCACGUCAACUUUCCCAUGGUUGGGGACGAGGCGCAGUUCUGCGACAUCAACAUCUCGCUGCCGAGGCUCUUGAGGACUACGAGUUCCCAUGGCCCCUGGACCACCUCAGCGCCCUGCAUCGCGGGGUCGACUGUCCUGGCAGUGCGGUACGUCGACAAGGACACGGGCUGCGUGACCGCGAGGGUCGCGACCGGGGUGGAGAAGUUCCAGAUCGUCGGGUGGGACGUCGCCUUCUUCGCGAAGGCCACGCAGAACAUGGGCCAUGCUCUCCUGGGAGAUCUGGCCGGCAACGCCUUCAGCGCCUUCGCGCUGGGGCCCUCGAUGAUGCUCGGGUUCGCAGUCAAGGGCAACAUCGACGACGUCAAGAGCAGCAUCGACGACGCGCUGGACGACUCCCCGAGGGGCAGCGUCCACGAGGUCGACCUGGUGGGCAGCGUCGCCGCGCCGGAGAUCAUCGAGGUCCAGGUCACCAGGCGCGGCGCCAAGCGCAAGGGGGUGGAAGUCACCAGCAAGUAUGCGCCCGACGCCCGGGCGUGCGAGCUGUGCUUGUUGAAGGCCAACAGCGUUGACCCUGUCGACGGCGGCUAUCUCGCAUGGUUCUACCCGCCGUACGCGAACGGCAAAACUCAGGUGGGGGUGCAGCGCCCACGCACCCCUCCUGCCCCCCUCUCCUCGCUGCCCCAUUCCAUGGCGGAGUGGGGGGGCGUGGAGUGGGAGGGCGGCGUGGUGCGUGCGGCGGCAUCUCGUCAGGGAUGCAUCUGCUGGUACUGCGGCAGGACCUGGCAGACGGCCAAAAAAAUAGAGUUCCCCACAAUGAAGCUGCUCAUCAAUAAGUGCGGUGAGGACAUCGACUUCUGGGAGUCUUUCAAGGACCUUGCGAAGUUCCUGGCGCAGAAGUGCGUCGACGCCAACUCCCGCGACAUCAAGAUCAAGUGGGAGGGUGCGGCCGUUUCCGACCGCGUGCUGUCCAGGGAGCAGGAGGGCAUCCAGGUCUUCGACGACGAGGAGCACGUCGAGCUGGAGUACUACAAGACCGGGUACCGCGGCGGACAGGGCGACCCAGCCAGCAAUGGAAAAGGGCAUCGAGUCGGCUGGUUCGAAGGCGUUUACGGCGUCUUCGUGCCGCCACCGCCGGUCAAGAAGAUCCGCAGGAUGAAGGCCGGCUUCGCGGAGCGCGAGAGGGUGCACGACGACGGCAACAUGGUCCUCAGCGAGUCGCAGCUGACCGACACCAUGGAGACGGUGCUCGCUGGUUUCAGGGUCGAGAACGCGGUCGGCGCCCACCUGGGCCUGCUGCGCGCGCCGGUCAUCCAGUCGCCGGCGAGCGUCGACGCGGGGGCAUCCACGCCCGCCAAGCCCCCUCAGGGUUUCUUCAACGUGCAGAUGGCGACGCCUCCUAAGAACCAGGCGCAGCCAGGACAGGCGUCGACGCCGUCGCCUUCCCCAGGGGCGGUCUGCGCGAAGGUGGAGCGCGGGCAGGGGAGGGCCCGCGUGAAGGUGGAGGACGAGGGCGAGGCGCCCGCCGUUCCUAUCCCGAAGCGGUCGGCGGCCAAGCGGGGCAAGCAGGCGGGCUCGGAUGGCGCCGCGGCAAGCGGCGGCUCGAGAGAGAAGAGAGGCCCCGGCAGAGACAAGCGCGACAUUGCCGCAGACACCGACAAGCUCAGGUUGGAUUGGACCAGUUGCUCAGAGAGCAGCCCGAGCUUCUUCGGCACGGGGUCCAAAACCAUGAUGCAGUGGAUCUCUCGGCUCGAGGUCGCCAUCGACGAGCGCUUGGGCGAGACCCAGGACGCCGAGACUCGCGCCCAGAUCGUCAUUAUGAAGAAGACCGUGCAGGUAAUAUCAUCGCUGUGCAAGACCGCCAAGAAGCACGGCGCGGAGUCCGAUGAGUUCUUGGCUGAAGCAAAAAAUCAGAUGGCGUUCGUUGACAUGGACCCGAAGAUCGAGGUGAGUGUUUUCCCGGGCUUCGUCAAGUUGGCGGCCAAGCGCUUCUCGGUUCUGGGGGCCGCCGGCGCCGAUUUCUGGCAGUCCUUGUCCGUGGACAACUUGGCCGAAGUCACCGUUACCAUCGCUGAGACGCGCAAGUUGCAGCGCGAGCUGUUGUGCAGCAAGGUGGAGUCGGCCCAGGAGAACGCGACGACUUGCCGCGCAUCCCUCUUGAGCAUUUUCCAGGAGGCUUAUUUCUGCAAUGCCGAGUUGUCGGCUGAUACGCUCGUGGAGGUCGAGUCCAUCAGCAACGUGAUCAAAGCGUCGUCGACUUCUUCGAUCGGCGCCGUGCCGCUCGACAAGCUCGGGGCGGCCGUGGAGCUCGUCGCCGACAAGUCCGCAGAGGUCGCGAGCAGCUUGUUGCUUUUCCCGCCUGGCAAGCUCCUCCACCAGCAGGCGCUGAAGACCAGGGACGCCACCAAGGCCAGUGACCUCGCGCUGUCCCGCGUCGAAGUUGAGAGCGGCAAGCUGGGGGAGCUCGACAAGCUGGGUGAGCGGGGGUGGACGGCCCGCUCCGAGGAUCUCGAGAGAGUGGCGCCGGCGGUGAAAUCUCUCGUCGGCGCGGUCGAGGCGCUGACCUCGGUGGACUACGGCCGCGCCGACAAGGACAUCAAGGGCGAUUUCAUGGAAAAAUUUUUCUGGGGCAGCAUGCGGUACUGGUCCGGGGUAGCCCUUGGUCAGGCCUUCGCUUUCGUCCUCAGGGUCGCGGACGAUCACGACAAGAUGGACGGCGAUCUGAUGGAGUGCAUCGUCGGCAUUGCGAUUGCGGCCCAUUGUACCAAUGUCGGUGGCGCUGUGUGCGACAGCAAGCAUGACUCGCUCAAGCCGGCGCUCAAGCAGAUCAUCUCCCUCCUGCCAUGCGUAGCCAAGGUGGUGGCCCUCAAGCAGGCUGAGACGCUGAACACUGGGGAGGCGAUCAAGCUCCAAGCAGCUCUCUGUGACUUCUCGAUGGACGCGGCCUGGGCGGACGAAGCUGCCAUCGCCACGGCGACCCUGGAGAGCGAUGGCUCGCAGUCGGAGCCCAGCUCCAACACGGCCAAGGAGAUUGCGGCGGCCUUCGGCACUGCCGUCAAGGAGAGGUUGUUCGAUCUGAGGCUUCGGAAAUCCAUCUUCAUGUCCGUUGUCGCCGAGAAGAAGCUCGCCGACUCCGUCAAGGCUUUCGUCGACCAAGUGCCUGAGGAGUACAAGACGAAUGCGUUUCCCAGGGAGUUCAAGGAGCUGCAGCUGGGGGACUUGACCAGCCUCGCCGCGGGCGUUGGCGACCGCCGUCUGGUGAAGCAGCUGUCCCUGAUGAAGGCGGCGCAUGCGACUGGGAUGGCAUUGCACGCCGUGGCGCAGGCUCGCGGCGAAGGCUUGCAGAUCGCCGAGCUCAGCGGCUCGGCCCCGGUGUGCGACGACACCGCCAAGCUCAUCACCUCGGUGCGCGCGCGCCUGCAGACGUUGGUGGCGACCGUCGUCGAGCCCGACCUCUUCGAGAAGAGGGAGGACGAGGACAAUCACCUCGACGCGUUCGACCAGUUCCUCGGCGACCCCAUGUCGUUCAAGGAGUUCGUGGUCGGGUCGGCCAUGAGGGAGCUCGACAUCUGGCGGAACGCGUGGACGGCAUGCGUGCACCAAAUCUGCAAUUCCAUCGAGUCGUCCAUUGAGCCGCCGGGCAUCCUGGCGCUCAAGGAUAGCAUCUUGAAGCCUGAGCACUCGGAGAAGCAUGCUGCGCUGGUCGGCAACAAGAACUACAAGGUCCUCUCCGAGAGCGUGAACGCCCUGAAGGAGGCUCGCCGCGUCGCGCGCUCCGUGGCCAAGGACGCGUUCGGCCCCUUCUUAGCGGCAGAUGUCGUCAGCAAGUCCAAGCAGGUGUUCGACAAUGGGAUCGAGGUCGUGUCCCUCACCUACGCCGUCUUCCAAGUCACUGCGGUGAUCCCGAAGAUCAAGGGCCAGAAGAAGCGCAAGGACGCGGUGGAUGCCCUGAAGGCGGACAUCUUGGCCAAGGGCGUCAAGAUGAGCGAGUCCAUCCUCGAGGAGUGCGCCCGGCUCGAGACCUCGGCG